CAUUCAGCUUUAGAAUUUGGGCAUUAGGAGAAGGGUUUUAUAAAUGCUGUUUGAGUUGGACUUCGAAUUUAAGCUUAAUGGAUCAAAAAUACACAUUUCCUAAUUAACUUGGCUUAUAGAUUAGGCUAGGACCGACCGGGUGAAUACUUGGAACUUCCCUAAAUUUGAAAAAGAUAUGUUUUAAAUUUCUGGUUCAGUAUUUAAAAUGAAAUGUUAGGAAAGGUGUGUGGAAGUCUUACAAAAUUGCAAUUUUGUAGAAAAAUUUACCCAACUACAAGGUCUUCUUCAAAUUUGAGUAUGUCUGAGCCUGUUAUUUUGCGUGUGCUGGCGUCCAGCGUGAAAAUAGCUGAUCGCGCCGGUCAGAUUGUCAGGGAUAUCAUGGCUGGAGGUCAAUUAGGUAUUGUUGAGAAAACUGGGAAAAAUGAUCUGCAAACCGAAGCGGACAGAUCUGCUCAGAACUGUAUAGUUGCCUCCUUGCAGGCUCAGUACCCCGACCUUACUGUGGUGGGGGAGGAGGGGGAGCAGGAUCUUUCUCAGGUUCCAGCUGAAUGGAUUGUAAGGGAUUAUGAAGAAAAAGCUCUUUCUCUAAACUGCACUGAUGAUCUGUCCUCGGCGAAGAUGUCGGAUUUAACUGUCUGGGUUGACCCUCUAGAUGGAACAGCUGAAUAUACUCAGGGACUCCUUGACCACGUGACCGUUCUGAUAGGAUUGAGCCUAGGUUCUCGAGCUGUAGCCGGAGUAAUCCAUCAACCAUAUUGGAACUAUAAGAAUAAAGGAGGACCUAUCGGUCGAACCUUUUAUGGUUUAGUUGGUGGGGGAGUUGUUGGACUAAACCCUAUCCCUCCUCCUGAAGGUAGUCGUAUUGUAGCAACAACUAGAUCCCAUGGAACCGGUUUGAUUCAACAAGCUCUAGAGAUUAUUCAGGCUGACACAGUUCUUAGAGUUGGAGGAGCUGGACAUAAGGUUAUGUUGCUUAUGGAAGGUCAGGCGCAUGCGUACGUUUUCCCCUCUCCAGGUUGUAAGAAAUGGGAUACAUGUGCUCCUGAGGCGAUUCUUCACGCUAUGGGAGGAAAACUUACAGAUAUGAAGGGACAGACAUACCAGUAUCAUUCUCAGGUUGAACACAGGAACAGUGACGGAGUGUUGGCUACAGCCAAAGCUAGUGAUCAUGCCUGGUACUUAGAUACCAUACCCCAGGUACUUAGAUACCAUACCCCAGGAGAUUAUCAAUGUGGACAAUGA